AUGGUGGGAGAGCACAACAUUUUGUUGAGUGCAAGUCGCCCAAAUCAUGAUAAGAAAUGGGUGAAAUAUUGCAUGAAAUUGCAUGAUCAUCAAUUGAUUAGAGAUUGUGGGUUUUCAAGUGAUCAUAAGAUUGAAGCGGCAGUACAAUCAUUUGCGGGAGCGGGUGGCAGUAGUAGUGGCCGAGGGUCUGGAAAGUUGGAAAUUAUUUUGAGAAUUACGAGAACAGAUGAGAAAAUAACAGUAGAAGUGAAUGCUGGGGAUAUAGUGGAAAAGUUGAGGGAUAAAGUGGAAAUGUUGAGGGAACCAGAUGGGUUACGUCUUCCCGAUCGUUAUUUGUUUAUUCACACACAUAAAGUAAUACGUGCAGAUAGGCCGUUUCAAUGGCACCAUGUUAAGCAUGGUGAUACCAUUGAAAUUCACGUCAUACUAAUGGAUCCAGCAACUGCACCACAGAAACGGCGCAAUUACCACUAG